AUGAGCGUCCAAAAGGAACGCACCCAUUGUAAGCAGCAUAAGUUUGAGUAUAAAAUUUUUUUCAGAUCUUGGUUAGAAGCUGCGAAUAAUGAGAAAAAGACAAGAUCAAGUCCUUGUUGCUUCAUACAACCUUAUGAGCUUUACAAAGAACGCAAUUUUUUCUGUCAUAUCAAGAAUAUAAGAAUUAAACCAUCAGCAGGUUUAAUUUUUGUUCCUUAUAUCCUCAGAGACUACAUUGAAAGAGAACAUAUAGAAAAUUUGCUACCUAAACACUGUAAAACUAUAAUACUGUACAGUGAUGGUAUUAUUAUGGAUGAAGAACAUUGUGAAUCUCUAAACAUGGUAUGUGCGUUUUUGCCACAAAUCCCGAAUGUGAGAGUAAAAUCGUUCCAACUGCCAGAAAAUUGCACAAUAUCGGAAACAAUCGAAUAUCAGGAAAUAAUUAGCACGAUUGUUAAUAAUGAAACAUCUACCUUGAAUCGCGAGACAUGUUUGAUGUUAUUUAGUAAUCAGAAGGGUCAUAAAACGGCACAACGGUGGGCCUCAGUCAUACAAGAAAGCAAAGAAAAUGAAAUAGUUUCCGUAUGGGGUGGUAUAAUGGAAGACGUUCACGCAUGUGACUUGUGCAAAGAACAAAAAAAAUUCGAAUCUCCUAAGACAUCAGAUUGUGUCGCCAUUCUAAUUACUGGCCCUAUACAGACAUGGUCCAUGGUUUUGAAUUUGGAAACUAAUACAGAAGACGGAAUCGAAGCAGAAUUAAUAUUAUUUAAGGACAAAGUGAAGUUAAAACAACAUUCCAUAGGAUUUAUCUUCAUAAGCAGAUUACGUACAUUACUUCUGGAUUUUGACGAAGAAGAAAUAUUCAAAAGAUUAUUCCCCACAGUACCAUUAGUAAAAUGCUCUAGUUAUGCCGAGUACGGAAAAACUACUGCUGAGGUGAACAAUAAAAGAAACAGUAAAGAGAAACGAAAUUGUAAAAAUCCUUGGUAUAAUGAACAUUCUAUUGUGAUUUUGAUACUUACAUAUAGUUUUUAAAAAGAGACGGAAACUGAUACAUAUAACUGAUACGUAUUUUAUUACUCGUACAUUACUAGAUUUAGGUCUCGUAUUUAAUAAUUUUUUUUAUUGUUAACAAAACAUGAAAGCAUAAUCGUUCGACAUUCACAGAACAAUGACAUACAGUACAACGAAUGUUGUACCAAUAAAAUUCGGGUGCAGAGACUUGUACUUUAUUUUAAAUGUAAU